UUAUGUUUUUAUACUGAUUUAGGGCAGGCAACAUGGCUCCCCCCGCAGCUGAACUCAAGGCAAUGACUGAUGCCUUCGAGGGCAUUGAUAGACUAGCAGAAGGAGCUCCCAGAACUGAAGGGGCACCAAACUUCAGAAGGUUGCCUGGAUUUCCUUUGUUUGGAACUGGUCAAACCACUAUUCAAGGGUUUGAGACAUGUCUAGAACCGGUUCUGAAGAAGUAUGGAGAUGAGAAACACAUCUUUUGGGUUAACCUCAGACAGGAACCAGUUGUUUAUGUAAACAAUAAACCCUUCACUGCUCGGGAUCCUAAAAACCUGGAGAUCGUCAUUGAUCCUCACAACCCCAAUCAAGAUAUAAACUUCCACCUUGAGAUUAACAACCCCGAGGAGUGUGCUGCCAUUGAGCAGGAGUUUGCUGAAGAAAUCAAGAAGCGUGGAGAUGAAUUCAAGUUUUUCAAGGAUCAGUUUGGGGAGCAUCCUGAGGAGAGAGCCACUAAUGUUGAGUCCACCGAGAAGCUAGAGUGUGUAACCACUGUUAAUGAGAUAUACGCUGCUAUCAAGGAGAAAGUUCCCAAGCUGGAGCCCCUGAGGAUCCCCAUGAACCAGGAGCAGGCCCCCGCAGAGGCAAAUUUUGAUCAGAUUGUUGCUAUGCUAAAGGACACUACAGCUUCCUGCCCAGUUAUCUUCAAUUGCCAGGCUGGAAUAUCUCGUACAACUACAGCUAUUGUUAUUGCCGCCUUGGUAAAAGAGUUGCAACUUGCCAGGGAACUUGAAAGAAUGCGAGGCAUUGUCCCUGACGACAUCCUGGAUGCUUUGAAGAAGAAGAAAUUGGGUCUGCCAGGGAUUGAUAUUGAUGUUCAAGAAGACAGAAAUGCAAUGCAGAUGGGAGAGUUUGAAGUCAUCAAGGAGUUGUUGAGUGCUUUCCCCAAUGCAAAGGUUGCUAAGGCUCAAGUUGAUAAACUGAUUGAUCUUGCUGCCCCUCCCCCACGUGGAACUGGAGUUGAGAACAUCAGAGAAUGUAUUAUUGAGUCUAAGAUGAGCUUUGAUGUGUCCAGUGAUGACUGGCAGGCAUACCUGAAAAACAAGAUCAUGAACAACAUCGAGAGGUAUUUCUACCUCAUUGUGUUCGCCAUGUAUGUGAGAGAGGUUGGACCCAAGGGAUUUCCCCAAACCUUCACACAGUUCAUGGAUGCUAACUCCAAUCUAAGAACAAUGAUUGCUGAGGGACGAGGAAAGCUUGAGUGGGAGAGAAAGAUUCCAGAUGAGAAGCUGGAAGAACUUAAGGCUCUUCUCGCUGCUGCUGAGUUCAAAGAAAACAUGAAAUUGAUUAUCAAGCGUAUCUAUGAACUAUCUUGGGAUAUGUUUGGUGAUCUUCCCAGAGGACAUCACAAGAAUAACAGCAUGCACAAGCUUGCUAGCAAAACCAUGAUUGAGAUUCUACCCCCUAAUCUCGCUGCUCAUAUAGAAAAGAAGUGUGGUUCCCUUGCAGGUACCCCUGACUUCUUUGAUGUUAUUGGUCAAGUAAGCUGGUAUGAACCCGAAGCAUAAUUAAAUUCGAAAUCAAAACCAUUCUCAUGAACUAACAAUUCCUUGUGGAGUUCCAUAAUUAUUUCUGAAUAGCUUUUAUACAUACAGAUACAGGGUACAGUGUAAAAUAAAAUAAAAACAUUUGAUUUUGCAACUCCCUGCUUUAUUUUAUGAUAUUAUUAUGAUUAAUUAAGUCUUGUCAACUAUCACAAUAUACAUGUUUAAUUA